AUGGGCAUCACUGAUAUUAUUGUUUUACUGUUGUGUAUAUUUUCGCUUAUCCUCUGCUGCAGAGCUUUAAUUAAAGCUCAUUUGUUGAAAAACAAAGCGAUAGAUUAUUUUGAGAAUAUGUUCAAAAUAAAAAUGUCAAUUUCCGAUCAACUCGACUUCCUCAAUCUUUGGUAUGUGAUGAUUGUCAUCAACGACAUUCUUAUCAUUGUUGGAACGAUUUUGACAACUUCAAUUUUCACACUUACUGGAAUUUUGCUGGGCAUGGGCGCUCUGUUGGUCUACGUCGGUGUGCUUCGUUACUUUGGCUUCUUCAACCAAUACAACAUCCUUAUUCUCACUUUGAAGAAAUCAAUUCCCAGUAUGGCACGAUUCAUGUCUUGCGCCAUCGUUCUAUACGCUGGAUUCUUGAUUGCUGGAUGGGUUAUUAUUGGACCUUAUAGCAUGAAGUUCCGCACCCUGGGAGAGUCAUCUGAAGCGUUGUUCUCUUUGAUGAACGGGGAUGACAUGUUUGCCUUUUUUUACACUAUCAACGAUUCAAAUACAGUUUUCGGAACAGUUUACAUUUACUGCUUUGUGUCGAUGUUCAUCUAUGUUGUACUAUCUCUUUUCAUUGCCAUAAUAAUGGAUGCUUACGAGGUUGUGAAGGAUCGCUACUCCUAUGGUCUCUCAGUGGAACGCUCCUCUUUGAAGGAUUUUGUUGCAACUGCACCAUCUCCCGGAACGCUGAACUCACCAACAACACAGGCGCAGUAUGCGCCAUCAGCGCUCCUGAAUCUCGGUCGGUAG